AAAGAGUCAGUGAUGUGAUAAGGUUGAGCUUCAUCGUCCGUGUAGUUCACGCGAUAUUUUACGAGAGGAUAAGUUGAGGGAACAUGGCGACGUCUAAUUUGCUAAAGAACAAAGGCUCCCUUCAGUUUGAGGAUAAAUGGGACCUGAUGCGUCCCAUAGUACUGAAGCUGCUACGGCAGGAGUCCGUCACCAAACAACAGUGGUUUGACCUGUUCUCAGACGUCCAUGCUGUAUGCCUGUGGGAUGACAAAGGUCCAGCUAAGAUCCACCAGGCCCUCAAAGAGGACAUCCUAGAUUUCAUCAAACAAGCACAAGCACGGGUGUUGAGUCAUCAGGAUGACACAGCGUUGCUGAAGGCCUACAUUGUGGAGUGGAGGAAGUUUUUCACACAGUGUAACAUCUUGCCCAAGCCUUUCUGUCAGCUGGAGAUCACACUGAUGGGCAAGCAAGGAAGCAACAAGAAGUCCAACGUGGAGGACAGCAUCGUCCGCAAGCUGAUGCUGGACACAUGGAACGAGUCCAUCUUCUCCAACAUUAAAAACAGGCUACAAGAUAGUGCCAUGAAGCUCGUCCACGCUGAGAGGCUGGGAGAGGCCUUUGACUCCCAGCUGGUCAUCGGAGUGCGAGAGUCCUAUGUGAACCUGUGCUCCAACCCUGAUGACAAGCUGCAGAUCUACAGGGACAACUUUGAGAAGGCAUAUAUGGAUUCUACGGAGAGGUUCUACAGAACACAGGCCCCCGCCUACCUGCAGCAAAAUGGAGUCCAAAACUACAUGAAAUAUGCUGAUUCAAAGCUGAGGGAAGAGGAGAAGCGUGCACUGCGAUACCUGGAGACGAGACGUGACUGUAACUCUGUACAAGCAUUAAUGGAGUGUUGCGUCAAUGCGCUGGUAACAUCUUUCAAGGAGACCAUCUUAGCUGAGUGUCCAGGCAUGAUCAAACGAAAUGAGACAGAGAGUGAGUACGGCAGGACUGCUCCCACCAAAGGCACAGCCAGCUCAGAGUUGCAUCUGAUGUUCUCUCUCAUGGACAAAGUGCCCAGCGGCAUUGAGCCCAUGCUGAAGGACUUGGAGGAGCACAUCAUGAGCGCUGGCCUGGCUGAUAUGGUGGCCUCAGCAGAGACGAUCACCUCCGACUCAGAGAAAUAUGUGGAGCAGCUGCUCACCUUGUUUAACCGCUUCAGUCGACUGGUGAAAGAGGCCUUUCAGGACGACCCACGCUUCCUGACAGCUAGAGACAAAGCAUAUAAAGCUGUUGUGAAUGAUGCCACUAUAUUUAAAUUAGAACUUCCUAUGAAACAGAAAGGGGUAGGUCUGAAAACUCAACCAGAGUCCAAGUGUCCAGAGCUGCUGGCCAACUACUGUGACAUGCUCUUGAGGAAGACCCCACUGAGCAAGAAGCUCACCUCUGAGGAGAUAGAGGCCAAGCUCAAAGAAGUGCUGUUAGUGCUGAAGUAUGUCCAGAACAAAGACGUGUUCAUGCGCUACCACAAAGCCCACCUGACCCGUCGACUCAUCCUGGACAUCUCAGCAGACAGCGAGAUAGAGGAAAACAUGGUGGAGUGGCUCAGGGAAGUAGGAAUGCCAGCUGACUAUGUCAACAAGCUGGCCAGGAUGUUUCAAGACAUCAAGGUGUCAGAGGACCUCAACCAAUCUUUCAAAGAAAUGCAUAAACAUAACAAGCUUGCUUUACCAGCGGACUCGGUCAACAUAAAGAUCCUGAAUGCUGGAGCAUGGUCGAGGAGCAGCGAGAAGGUUUUCGUCUCUCUACCUACAGAGCUGGAAGAUUUGAUACCUGAGGUAGAAGACUUUUAUAAGAAGAACCACAGUGGCAGGAAGCUUCACUGGCAUCACCUCAUGUCCAACGGCAUUAUAACUUUUAAGAACGAGGUGGGCCAGUAUGACCUGGAGGUGACCACCUUCCAGCUGGCUGUGCUGUUUGCCUGGAACCAGAGGCCCAGGGAGAGGAUCAGCUUUGAAAACCUCAAGCUAGCCACUGAGCUGCCGGAUGCUGAGCUGCGACGCACUCUCUGGUCUCUGGUGGCGUUUCCCAAACUCAAGCGGCAGGUGUUAUCGUACGACCCAGUGGUGUCUUCACCCAAAGACUUUGCAGAAGGAACACUAUUCUUCGUCAACCAGGAGUUUUCUCUCAUAAAAAACUCAAAGGUUCAGAAAAGGGGGAAGAUUAACCUGAUUGGUCGGCUGCAGCUCACCACAGAGCGAAUGAGAGAGGAGGAGAACGAGGGCAUCGUCCAGCUCAGGAUACUAAGAACGCAGGAGGCCAUAAUCCAGAUCAUGAAGAUGAGGAAGCGCAUCAACAAUGCCCAGCUGCAGACGGAGCUGGUGGAGAUCCUAAAGAACAUGUUUUUACCUCAGAAGAAGAUGAUCAAGGAGCAGAUCGAGUGGCUGAUAGAUCACAAGUACAUAAAGCGAGAUGAGACCGAUAUAAACACCUUCAUCUACAUGGCAUAGCACAGCACAUUAGGAUGACUGGUGUUGACUUUGGUUUCAGUGGAUCAGGCCUGAUGAACACUAGGAUACUUCCAGGCUCCCCGUCCUCUAUUUAAAUAAAAAAAAUAAAAUCUUGUGCAGGGAGGCAUGAAUUUAUGACUGAGACCUACCUAUUUAAAAAAAGUGGAACUUCCUGCCUUAAAGUUGUACAAAGAAAAAAAGAAGAAUGCAGAAGUUGCAAUGGGAGUCUUCACCAAGUGGUUGUAACUGUUUAGUUGGAGGGAGUUUCCUUGCUGUCCAGAUGAGACUGUUAAUUGUUAACGGUCUGUUUUGGAUGCCAGGGCGUUACAUCUGGGCAGCUACUACAACACUCAAUGCUUGUACAAGUCUCAAAGGCAUGCUGACAGGAAAAGCUGAGGAACUUUGGAUCUCAAAAUAUCUGCAGUCCAGUUUUAAUCCACGUCAAACCCAGACCAUCUGAACCUUGAACAAAACGCUGCCCUCUUCACUCAAAGGAGACGCUGCUUUAACCCAGCUAGUUGGUUUGUCGCGGGGGCCCUGAUGCUGUCGUGACUCUCUGCAGUCAUAGUUAAAGUGAUCAAACACUUAAUCCGGACUUUCAGUUUGUAUAAAGAGCCAGAUAAGCACUUCACAGUUUGCAAGGCUGAACCAGACAGCGACGUAGAGCCAGCUCCAACCCUGUCAAGCCUUUGUCCCUGGGUAAAAAGGAGAUUGUGGGGAGAAAAAAAAACUUGCAUAUUGCUAUAAUCGUGAAUCCUGAAUUUCCCUCUACCAAAUGUACCCAGGGACAGAGGUGGUGUUGGAGUCAAACCGGGAGCUCAGCUCAUGUUUGCAACAGCUCUCUCUUCUGCAGGAAGCCUGGGAGAAGAGGCUGAGGUCAGUAUUACACAUGGUAAAUACUACAAUUCAAUGCUAAAGGAGAGUGUACCAUGAGAUGUGAAUAAUGAAAUUAUUAAAUAAACAGCACCUUAUUAUAAAAGAA